AUGGAGAAUUACACCUCCGACAGCAGCGACAGCGACGGCAACGGCAACAAAAUCCUAGAUUUUGCGUAUCUCCUCCUGGAUACCGCAAAAGUCGAAGAACACCUAGACGAAGCGAGCAAAGACAUCGGGAAAGUCGAAGACGUCGAAAGUAUAAUUCUCCACCACAACCAACUGACCACUCUCCCGAGGAAUUUCGCCAAGUUCGCCAACGUACAAGUGCUGGAUAUCAGCAACAAUGGGUUGAAAGUGCUCCCGGACGUCUUCGGAAAUUGGAAUUUGACUACGCUUAUCGCUAAAAAUAACUGCUUGACGAACGAAUCGCUGCCUAAAUGUUUUUCGGUUUGCGCGAGUUUGCGGGAGCUGAACUUGAGCGGGAACAGAUUCGAGUUUUUUCCGGAACAGUUGUUUGAUUUUGCGAGCUUGAGGUAUCUUUAUUUGGGGGGGAACAAGAUCAGGAGCGUGCCUAAGCAAAUAUGGAAGUUGAGUUGCCUGCAGAUUUUGUCAAUGGGGGGCAACCAGCUGCAGGAGGUGCCGUCGACUCUGGGGCAACUCAAACAACUGCACGCCCUCGUGCUUUGUGACAACAUAAUCGAAAGCUUACCGUCCAACAUCGCCAACUUGAACAACCUGAAGUCGCUUCUUUUACACAAGAAUAAAUUGCGGACGUUGCCGCCGGAAAUCGUGGCGCUCAAGAACUUGUCAGAAUUGAGUUUGCGCGAAAAUCCGCUGGUCGUGCGAUUCGUUAGUAAUAUAAGACACCACACUCCGAGUUUGAAGGAGCUGUCGGCGCGGGUGAUUAAGCUUCACCAGAUUGCGGUGCACCCUGGGGAUAUCCCCGGGACCCUCAUGGGGUACCUAGAGUGCGCUCAUCGUUGCGUCAAUUCCAACUGCAAGGGUGUGUUUUUCAACAAUCGUGUCGAGCACGUCAAGUUCGUGGAUUUCUGCGGGAAGUACAGGAUUCCGCUGUUGCAGUAUCUGUGUUCUGCCAAGUGCGUGACGGAGGAGGACGAAGAUCUGCGACCGCCUCGGCCAUACAUGAUGAAAAAAGUAUUGUUGGGUUGAAUCAUAAACAAUAAACUUUUAAUACUUU